UUGGUUUGACGAUGUAAAUAAUAUUUACAUUUUCUGACUUGUUUAAUUCAUUUAUAUUUCAUUAUUACUCGUUUUCCCGCACGAUUACACGAAUACCUACGUCGCGAGAAAUAUUCAGGGAUUCUUACUGUCUGAGUCAGAGCAGAGUGUUCAUGCGAAAAGAAAUCACAAUCAUACACGCAAUGUGUACGAAACACGGGCCGACAUACGGGAUGGCAAUGCGUUUCGAUGCCGCACGCUAAAUUACGACAAUAGUGCGCAACACUUAAGCUAUUGUCUUACUAUUUACUUUCCCCUUGUUUAAUCUUCUUCAUUUUUGCCGGCACGCGCUGGUUCAGGCAAGAUGUCUGAACAGUAUCUGGGUUGCACAGUUUCAGUGAAGUGUAUUGAUGAUCUUGUUUAUCAAGGUAAAAUCAUUGAUGUAAAUAAGAUUAAUCUGACUCUGGCCAAAGCAUUUUGCAAUGGUAUUCCUCAUCCUUCUUCUAUUGUUAACUUAAGUGUUAAGGAUAUAUUGAAAAUUGAUAUUAUAUCGACCGAAGAAGUGGGAAAUGUAAAUGAUACACACAGUAAGGUGAUCGUAAAGAGACCAAUUGCGAAAAGAGCUGCACAAUCUAUUUCGGAGUGCGUUCCGAAUACAUUACAACCAGGAAGUUCUCAAACACAGACCAAUUUCAAGAAGCCUGCAGAACCCAAUCAGCAACAAAUGGAGCAAACUCCUAAUGGGAAAAUACCUCCAGCCGAAAAUAAUGCGUCUAACAAUAAGUCAGUUUCAAAAAGAUUAACUCACAGGCAAAGAGCACUGGAAAGGGACGAACAUACUUUUGGUACCCCCAUUGAUCAGUCCUUACAGCAGGACUUUGAUUUUGAAAAGAACUUAGCAUUGUUUAAUAAAGAGGCUGUGUGGCAAGAAAUAAAUUCUUUGAAACCGGAUAUCGUUAGGCAGUCGGAGAACAAUCGGAGCACUGCGGCUAUCUAUCGACCCGACGAAAAUAUUCUCGUAUCCGAGCCUACAGCGCUCAGACAAAUUGUGGUGCCUUGCCGUGGUGAAAAAGAGUAUGUCACAGAUAACGGUCUGGUAAUUCCCAGCAUUACUCUCAGUCUACAUCGGCAGUUAAUAGGUGCAGCAGAUAGAUUGGGAAUAAGUUGGGAACGCAGGGUGGAAUUGCUUGGUCGUGCAGGUGCUGAACUCACCCUUCAGCUAUUGGGUGGGAGUUAUCGGUUGAAUCCAAAGAAUGCACAUCAAUGGCCCAUCGUAGUCGCGCUAUGUGGACCGCAUCGUUCUGGUGCCGCAGGUAUCAACUGCGCCCGGCAAUUGUCUGGUCACGGUAUCAAGACGAUUGUAUUUGUGGAGAAUACGGAAGACGUAUUUCUCCUGCAGGAGCUAUCGCUGUACAGGCUAACAGAGAACAAGGUGGAAACUAAAGUCAAGAAUCUGCCAUCGGUGGUGGAUUUGAUACUUGUGGCGCUUUGCGACGAGGAUUCCCCGAGAAUGAUUACUCCAAUAGCACGAUGGGCGAACAGUAAUCGGGCGCCAGUACUAUCUAUCGAACCGCCGGCAACGGGUACACCGGGUAUUCUCAGUAAAUUCAGCCUAUUGGGUGCCCUACCUCUCUCGCACAGCAUCGACAAUGGCAGAUUGUACUUAUGCAAUCUCGCGUUGCCGAACAAGGUAUAUUCCGAUGUCGGCAUUACCUACAGAUCGCCAUUUGGACCUAAAUUCGUAAUUCCUCUACAUUCCAAUAACUCUUAGCAAAUUUUUAAGGAUCACGUCGUGUCUUUUUGAAUAAACGCCUUUAUUUUAUCAUGCGCGAUUUGCAGACCUCGUAUACACGUAUAUACAGGGAAAUAUAUUUUACUUUUGGGACUCCACUAAGUAACAAAGAGUUUAUAUAUAUAUAGUUUGGCGUUUGAUAUAAACUUUUAGAUAAACUUUUAGAGAAAGAGAGAGAAAGAAGAAAAGAACGCAUAGUGUACCAUAAUACUUUUUGCAUUGUAUGCUAUCCGUAGAUGGAUGACAAUGCAUACUAUUUCCGAUAUUGUAAUUUCGAAAGCUAUAUUUUAAAAUCUUGAUUAAACAUUAUGCAUUAUAAAUAAAAGAAAAUAGAUGUUUGUCUGUGAAGCUGUGAAAAAAUACUGUUUUAUUAAUACCCAAAGAUAAGAUAAAAUUACUAUUGCUCCAAAUAUAAACGAUAUAUAUCCUAAAUCUUUAAAAGGUAUGUAGAUUCCUUUAUGGAUAUAACUUUAUGUAUCGCAGCAUGAUUUUGCAUCGCUGUAUUUGACUAUAUCAAAUAUGUAUUUGAUACAAUCGAAUACAAGCAUUGCACGCGUGUCAUUACGAGCGUGUCUAUAAUUUAUAUCAACAGAAUUUAGAUUAAGUAAAAAAGAAUAUGCUAAAAUUAUAUUGCGAUAAAAUCUUUAGAAUCGCCCUUUCCAAUUGAUAAAUGAUGAAAGUCUUGUAAAUAUUAGAGCCACUGUAAGAAAGCACUUGAUAUGGAAAACUAUAGUUCUGAAAAACCAAUGGUAAGAAAAUUAUAAAUAGUGGCUUACACACAAAAAAACCUUUAAAUAUUUUUAAGUUUGUAACAUACUUAUGUAAUCAUUAAAAAGUGUUUGCGCACGAGACGCGAAUUAGAUUGGCAUUUCUAUUUGAUCAAAUAAUUGAUUAAUAACAAUUUUAUACUUGUGCACGUCUGCAUUUAUUACUCCGAUUCCUAAGCUCUCGUAUAUUAUUCGUAUACAUGUACUGAUUAGAAUAUAUUUUACAUUACGUUACUUAAUGUUCAUCACUUAUGUUAUUCCGAUACAGAAUAAUAGCGAGAUGUAGAUGUAUUGAAAUUAUUGUAACGCACAUAUGUACAAGAUAUUUUCAGCGUUAUAUAAACUAUCUAUAUUAAACUAA